AUGCUUCUGCUCUGGAGGCCUCUCUUCCUCCUUGGAUUGCUGGCCUGGCCCUCCGACCUGCGUGUGCAGCCAUGGCCUGGCCUGGCCAAGGCCCACACGGACAGCAGAUCCACCCUGGCAAGAAUUAUCGCCCAGGGCCUCAUGAACAGCAACGUCGAGGGCCGCAUCCAGAGCAUGCCCCUGCUGGACAGCCUGAAUGUGUCCGGGCAAGGGGGCCCGGGGAUGGUGGGCUGGCUCAUCGGCGGCAGGAGCGCCCAGCAGCAGCAAGAGAUCAGCAUUGGCAUCGCCCACGUUCAGCUGGACUACGGUGGGAUCCAGACGUCUUUCCACGACGACUGGUUCUCGGCAAACAUCUCGCUGCAGUCUGACAUCGAGUUGGGCCUGCCCAUGGCUAACACCAUCGUCACGAUGCUCGCGUGCAUGAACCUUGUGGUGGAGUUCUGGCUAGAGAAGGACGAGUUUGGCCGGAGGGACCUCGUGAUGGGCAAGUGCUGUGUGGAGCCCGGCGGGGACCACGUGCAGGUCCUGACCCAGGCUAUCCCACCAAAGACCAAGCAUAUUGUCCACAACCUCGAAGAGAACCUGGAAAAGAUUAUCCCACACCUGGUAGAAAAUCAGGUGUGUCCCCUGGUCAGCGAGAUCCUGCAGCAACUGGACGUGAAGCUGUUGAAGAGCCUCAUGGGUGAGUGUCUGGGCCGCCCAGGAAGACUGCUCUGGAGCGGCAAGGGGCCGAAAGGGGAUCUCCAGUUCCCGGGGCCUGGCGAGCCCACCAAGGAAUGUGUGUGGGCUAACAGGCUCCUGCUCAUGAACUUGAUCAACUGUGAAUCCGGGCAAUGCACUCCAGGCUGGAGGGCCGUCCAGCUGCCUACUGUUGGCCACAGGGAGAUGCUACAGUUUGGGACCUUGUCUCCCACCGUGGGGCUCUGCGGCCUCUGGAAACCUUGA